AACAGUCAUCAUGUUAUGACUAGUCAGUUGCUAGAACGCAAUAUGGAAGCUUUACCGGAAGAACUUUUGUUGAACAUAUUUUCCUUCUUUUCAUGGAACGAAUUAAAGGUACUUUCGCUGGUCAGUCGCCGCUGGUAUCGCAUCACCGGAACUGCAUCCUUAAUCGCUGGCACGUAUAUUUGCCUGUCCAAGGUGAGACUAAACAACAAACUUCGAGCGAACGAGGAUUCCUACAUCGAUCGUCAGUUGCUGGUCGAUAGCCAUCGACAGUACGAGGCCGUAUCUAUAGAGAUCUUCUUCACGGAAGACAUCCUCAUAAAAAAGACACUUUUGGGAAUUCUUUUGGAAACCUGCCUCAGUCGAUGGUCAGUGAAAACCCUUCGGAUCACGGGUCAGUACGAGCACUUGGUACUGUUCCUGCAGGGUUAUAAUUAUUGUUUUACUGACCUGCUGGAAUUGGAAAUCGUGCUGGAGCAGUUUGAAGAUUCGGAUCACUACAAAGUGUGCAAACACGAGCCUAAAAUAUGCUUGCUUGACCUACGCCGAUUACAGAACCUGAUUUGGAGCGAAAGAUCGCUGCCCAGUCGGAGUUGUCAAAUGCCUCACUCGUUUACAUUUACGGUACCGAGACUUAAAUACCUUGGCGUUAAUCGAUUAGUGCUUCACGAAGACAACCUGAUGGUGUUCGACUGUACAGCUCUUCAGACAGCACAUCUGAAUUGUUACAGUCUGCUUGGGAGCAGUAUGUUCGACUCGGAUAUCUUAAACUUGAAACAGCUUACGAUUGAUGGUUACGCCUUCAAGGAUCACGAGUUAGCUGACAGUAGUCGACUUUUGAAGAAUCUAAUCUGGCUGAAUCUGACAAGACCUGUUCCAGAGGAUCUGCGCGUCGUAUCUAGAUACGCUAAAGAGUUGAAAACUCUGAAAAUUACUGUUUUACAAGAAGUCAUUUCAAUAGAAUUUCUUAUGAUGCAGCAACUUCACGAACUUCAUCUGGAAUCGUUAGAACUGCUUCCGAUCGCAACGCCCAUUGACUGCCCUAAUCUUUGCAAGCUGACCCUUUUGCGUAUAAAGUGUUCAACCACUCUGCAGCUCAACGCCCCUCAACUUGACGCGUUGAUCGCGGAAGAAACGGUGUUCAAAUUUCUACGCCUUCGAGACUACGACGUGGUCCGUCGAUUGGGCAUUCUGCGCGGCUACACAGCACAGGAAAUCACCAUUCCAGAGUUCCCAAAUGUCUCCCAACUGUACCUGAAGUGGUUACCCGGCACAUCGAAACGAAAGCGAACGCUUGGUUUCCGCACAACCCGAGUCACGAAGCUAACCAUACUGAACUCAUCCAUUGAGGAUUUGUUGGAAGAUAUUCUUAUAGAAUUACCUAAUGUCGAGAAUCUACAUUUGCAUUAUGGAUCCAAUCUGCCGAAUAAAAUCGAGGCAACUCAUCUAAAGAAACUUCUCAUCACCAAUUGUGAAACACGGCACAGCGUUCUGAAGGCCCCACCCCAGCUUGAAUGGUUGCGACUAUACGACAUUCUACGCGAUCCAUACGAAGUUGGAAGGUUCGAUCCACUCGGCGAUCCGAGAAAUUGCUUCGAGUUGGCCCCCUCCAAACGGUUCCUUCCGUUGGUGGUGCACGUUCCGGAACCUUUCACCGGAGGAAAAAUCCGCUACUCAACGCUUGGCUAUCGAUUCGUUGAAAAUGAUGAAAUGUUGGCAUGGUGAAAUAAAGUAUUCUUUAAAAAACAGA